GUCAACGUCUCAAUGUUCUUUAGCCUCCCUGCUAUCGUGGACAACAGCCGGCGGAUGGGGAGCGCAGGAUGUGCGUGUAGACGAUCCUGCAAUACUUACAGAACAACUUGAAAGUCUGGACUUUGUAGGGCAAUUGCAGUUUUUAUUGCGACAACUAGAGGAUACUCCUCUGAAGGGCACUUGGUAUCUCAAGGAAAACAUGCAGUGCUUCGUGGUUGAGACUGGUGAGGAAG